CAACAAUUCCAUCUGCAAAAUCUUGUCAGAACAUUGCCCAAACCUAAGGCAACUUCACGCUUCCGGCCCUAACGGCAUCACCGAUCUUGGCCUAAGAUACAUUAUUGGUCAGAUUCCAUCCACUCGAGAUGACUCAGACAGCCUUGGUCCAAGUAAGAAGAACCCAAGUAAGAUAUCUGGAUGCUUCAAGCUCCAGGUCUUGAGCCUCAAGGACAUGGAGAACAUAUUCCUCCGCUGUCUUGUCGUAUUGAUCCUUCAUUUUCCCGACUUGAAAGUAUUGGAUCAUGACAAGGUUCACGAAGCUCUUCUACUCAUGGAGAGGACAGAAAUGAUGCCAGAUUUGGGUCCGCUCCAACUCACUUCCUACCAUGGUCGAACUGCCGAAGGUUGUGCCACGAAUGAGUUGGAAAUAGUUCAGAAGCUCUGUCCCAAUCUCGAGUUAGUACACCUCUGCACCACUUUCGAGGACACUUUCAUACCCUUAGCCCGCCUCAGAAAGGUCCAAUCUUUGAUUUUGGACCGUGUGGCGUCCCUGGAAAACUUUGACAUUCCUCUCAUGGCAUUUGGAACCAAGCUCGUGAAACUGGAACUCAAAGCGUGCAAUAACUUCCAUUCAGGGACCGCCUUACACAUUCGCAAGUUCUGCCCUAAUCUGAAGUACUUGUCCCUUGAAAUCGACACCACGGCCCCUAAUUCCCAAGCCAAUCCUGACAACCUGGCACUUGGCGAUGGUGGCAAUAAUAAUGGAGGCCAACAGAAUAUCUGGGCACUCCAAAAUCAAGUGGAUGACCUUCAGACGAAGCUAAACAAACUCCAGGUGACAAUGUUGAGCGUCAUGGACAAAUACGGGCCUAUGGCCGACCUCGAGGUGUUCCAAGUUCGCAAUCUAAGCAUGGGCAGCAUUCUCAUCUUGCUGCCCUUCAUGCCCAAUGUGCGAGUUCUGGCCUUUAAGUACACUCAGCAAGCCGAGGACAGCGCCUCCAACAUCACAGACGACCUUUUCCGGAAGAUCUUCAAGAAAAACGAAUUCAAGGUCCUGGAAGAGGUGUCCUUGUGGAGUGGAACCGUUGGCGCCACAACAGCGGAUUGGUUCAUAAAUAAUGCGCCCAAAUUGCGCAAAAUUCACGGAUUAACCCGAUGGGAUGUAUCCGAUGAGGAACGUAUGAGGAUUUGGCGUGAUGGGCGUAAUCGCGAGCCUGAGAUCGAAAUUGAAUUGUAAUCACUGGAAAAUACGCUCGGACAAAUAAAUAUCGAGGUUUCCCUUCAAGAAUGGCGCCGCUUCCGCGCCCUUUUCUCUGA